AUGGUUCAUCUCAUCAGAAUAAUUUUUUUUUUUAAUCAUUUGGAUCAUCAACAGUGGUACAUCUAUUCUUGUCACCAGUCGCAACCAAAGAGGAUCUCGAUAACAGCUUGGACCAUGUCAUCUUCAUCAUCACAUAUCAAGGUCUCAUCAUACACCGAUGAACCAGUUGCUGCAGUAGGUUCAUUUUUCAACGGACUCUCGAUCCCACCAUCAACUGAAUUUGACAUCUACAAAAACAAGAAAACCGACAAUUACCUAAUCCAUGGAGAAUCAGAUCAUUUAGAAUAUAAUGGAGACUCUACCUCGACUCAAGACUUGAAUGAAUACGUCGUAGCCAUGUAUGAUCCAAAUACCAAAUCAGUUGAAUUAUUCAAAACCCCCUAUGUCCAAACAAAAGUAACUUCAAAACAAUACAAAGUAUACAAGGGUCCAUCAGUUAGAUCUACUGGUAUAAAGAAUGUAACUCAAAGAAAUGCGUUGGGAGAAGCGUUUGGUACCAAAAAGGCUAAACAAGCAAUCACCAAUUUGGAAAAGAACAGAAUUGAUGCUGAUAAAUUACAAGAUAUGGAAAUGGAUAUCAUCGAUAGUGUUCAAGACUCACUCACUGCUAGUAACAACAACAACAACAAUUCAGCAAAUGCAAAUAAUGGCAGUGCUAGUCAAAAUGAUGCAUUCUCCAAUAGCCCCAUCCCUAGACCAAAUGUUGAUGCAACUAAUGUUGAACACAUUUACCCCAUCAAAUCCAUCAUCCCAGCCAAAGAUUGGUCCUAUAUUCGUGUUCAAUCAAUUUUCACUGAUUCGGAUCCAAUUUCCCAAUUCCCAUCAUCACCAGAAUUUAUUAAAAAACAAUUACCUUCGAUCAUCGACCAACAAAAUUUAGAAAAAUUACAAAUUUUAUACUAUGCAUCUUUAUUAUUUGCCAUUUAUGAGAAUCGUCGAGUUAGUUCGAAAGAUCAAUUAAUGACCAAAUUAGACCACAAGCCAUCUGAAGCUUUAGUUGAUACAAUUUUGACCAAUUUCACUAUUGCACGUACUUCAAAAUUUGGGAAAUCUAAAGAUCGUUCAUUUACAAUUGAUCCUCAUAAUGAAGAUAAAUUACUUUGCUAUUUGAUUAUAUUGAUUUUACAUUUGUCUAAUUUUUCAGUGGCUUUGAACCCCUUAGCUCGUGAUUUGAAAUUGAAACCUACUAAACUAGUGGCGUUAUUUAGAGCUGUGGGAGCAAUUAUUAAAUCGGCAACGGUGGGAGAGGCUGAAGCCUUGGGAAUACCAAAGAGUAGUGUAGGCACUUACAAGAUUGCUCAUUUGAAGGUGCCCUUCAAGAUGCCUGAAUUGACAAGAAGAAGAGGUGGAGCAAAGAGGUGA